UUCGAAAAAUGAAUGAGACAAGAUGUGUGCACAAAGAUCAUGUUUCUGCAGUAAUGGAUAUUGAUUAUUCACCAACUGGCCGUGAGUUUGUAACUAGAUCUUAUGAUAGAACUGUCAGAAUCUUCCAAUAUAAUAGUGGUCACAACCGAGAAAUAUAUCAUACUAAGAGAAUGCAGAGGGUCUUUUGUGUGAAGUUCAGGAACGACGGAACUUUGUAUUCGACUUUGGAAGGCCAAAGCGUCCGAGCAACUGGGAGUUAGAUUGGUUUCUGAUUUAUUAUCAAAUUUCUUCUAAUCUGGAGAGAAAGAGAUAGGAGAAAAAACAUUAAGGUAUGUAUGUAGGUGUUGAAAAAAUAAUUAUAUUGAGAUAAGAAGAAUUAACAGUUAGAUUUGAUAGUGAGGAGCUGAUGGAAAAUUCUAUCAUUUUAACAUGUAUUUUUAUUGAGAUUAAACUUUUAAUUAGGUCAAGAAACUAAGGUAUUUACUUUUGUGUGUGCAUUGUGAGAAAUUUCUUGUAGCGUGUUGUCUGAAAUUUCUUGUAGUGUGGUACAACUACUUGAAUAAGAAGUAAAUAAUUUAUUGGAUCUGUUGCAUUAUCAUAAAAAAGUGCAUAUACAUAUAGUUUAUUGAGAAUGUUAUUGGCUUGAAUUUUUGCAGACAUUAUAAUGAAUGGUAGUUUGGAAGCAAAGGGAAGAAAGAAAAAGUUGAGGCUCGAACAACACUGCAUCUUUGGAACUUGAUUUUGAAUUUCUUAUUAGAUUUUGAAAAAUUAUUAGAUUUAUAGUUGAAACUUGAUGCAAGAUAUUCUAGAUGAUUUUAAUGAAUGUUGAUGAUAAUUGAUUGUGUAAUUUUGUAUUUGUUGUUUAAUAUUUUUAGUACUAAUUUUA